AUGGCUGAAGAGGAGGACUUUAGCGCCCUCCCCCUCCCGGACAGGUUUGUCCACAAGGUAUGGAAAGUCCGCAAGCAGGCCUACGAAGAUGCCGCCAAGGCGUUCGCCGCCACCGCCGACGAGAACGAUAAUGCCUUCAGACCAUUUCUCUCCGACUCGGGCCUGUGGAAGGGCGCCGUCGCAGAUUCAAAUGUUGCUGCUCAACAAGAAGGUCUAGCCGCAUACUGCGCCUUUCUCAAGUUCGGAGGCAAGGAGCAAUGCACAAGGACACGCGGAGUAACGAUUGGUCCGAUUUGCGAAAAGGGUUUGCCGUCGACCCGUGCCGCCGCCAAGGAGUCGUCGCUAGAGGCUCUCCUGCUGCUCGUCGAGCUCGACGUCGCCGCCCCCGUUAUCGAGGAAAUUCUCCCUGCCCUCUCCAACAAGCAACCCAAGGUCGUCGCCGCCGCAAUCACCGCCUUGACGUCCAUCUACCACAACUAUGGCUGCAAGACGGUCGACCCUAAGCCUGUCCUCAAGGUCCUCCCCAAGGCCUUUGGUCAUGCCGACAAGAACGUCCGUGCGGCCGCGACAAACCUCGCAGUCGAGUUCUACCGAUGGCUGCGCGAAGCCAUGAAGCCCAUGUUCUGGGGCGACCUCAAACCCACACAGCAGACCGAUCUCGAGGCCCAGUUUGAAAAGAUCAAGUCCGAGCCCGCUCCUAAGCAAGAACGCUUCUUGCGCUCACAACAAGCCGCCAUGGCGCGUGCGCCUCCUCCUGGCGCAGAAGGAGAGGAGGAGGACGGUGAUGACUACGCCGAGGAGCCGGCUGAGGUGGACGCCUUCGAUCUGGCGGAGCCACAAGACGUAUUUGCCAAGAUUCCUGCAAACUUCCACGACAACCUGGCCUCAUCAAAAUGGAAGGAGAGAAAGGAGGCCUUGGAGGCAUUGUACGCCGCGCUCAAUGUCCCGCGCAUCAAGGACGGCGACUUUAACGAGAUCAACCGCGGACUGGCCAAGUCUAUGAAGGACGCCAACGUUGCUGUUGUAACCCAGGCUGCUCAGUGUAUCGAGGUCUUGGCCAAGGGCCUGAGGACAGGAUAUGCCAAGUACCGCACAGUUGUUAUGCAGCCUAUCAUGGAACGGUUGAAGGAGAAGAAGGCUACCGUGGCAGAUGCCCUUGGUGCUGCGUUGGAUCAAGUCUUCCUGGCUACGAGCCUCAGCGAGUGUCUCGAGGACAUCACGGCUUUCCUUGUUCACAAGAACCCCCAGGUCAAGGAGGGUACUAUGAAGUUCUUGAUCCGCUGUCUGAGAACGACUCGCGAUGUGCCCAGCAAACCGGAAAUUGCCAGUAUUGUCGAGUCCGGCAAGAAGCUGCUGUCUGAAUCCAGCGAAGGUCUGCGUUCCGGAGGUGCCGAGAUUCUGGGUACGGUCAUGAAGAUUAUUGGUGAGCGUGCCAUGAACCCUCACAUGGAGGGUCUUGACGACAUUCGAAAGACCAAGAUCAAGGAGUUCUUCGAGACCGCCGAGGUCAAGGCAAAGGAGAAGCCCAAGGCGCCGCCUCCAGCUGCGAAGCCCCCAGCGGGCCCCCCCAAGAGGCUUGUCGGAGGCAAGAAGCCCGCAGGCCUGAAGAAGCCUGUAAUGCCUGCAGCCACCGCCGCACCGCCCGCCGACCCUGAGCCGCUCUCACCUCAAGCAAGCUCCCGUCCCAAGCCCGCGGCUGCCAAGCUGGGCAUGCCGAAGCCGUCUGGCCUCGCUGGGCUCAAGUCCAAGAGACCUUUGGGAGCUCCAGCUGCUGCAGCACCAGCAGCAGCAGCUUCCCCUCGCCGCCCCGCAGCCGCUCCUAUCAUGCCCGAAGAUGACGAACCUGCUCCUCCUCCUGCCCAGCCCCGACUCGGCCUUGGCCGCGGUGGUCUGGCCGGACGAUCCCUCGCCAAGCCUGCCGCUGCUCCUGUGCAGAUGCCGCCUGCGUCGCCGCCGCCGUCAAGCGGUCUCACAGCAAUGGAGCGGGCCGAGCUUGAGGAGCUGAGAGUAUCGAACGAGCGUCUCACUCGCCAAGUUGAAGAGAUGAGGCACGAGAGGAGCAAGUUCAUGUCCGAGAUCCAAGAACUCAAGAAUCAGAACGCUAGCCUCAUUGAGGACCACACCCGCGAUGUCCUCAGCAUCAAAGCCAAGGAAACACAGCUUGUCCGCGCGAGAAGCGAUGCUGAAGCAACGGAGCAGACCAAUGACCGCCUCAGGCGUGAGCUUGACCGCCUCAAGAGGGCGCUCAACCACGCGGAAGGACUCAACUCCAGGUCAGGCAUGGUCAGCCCAGGUGUCGCUUCACCCACCCACGACGACGCUGGCAUCUACCGUGACAACUCCUACGGUACCUCGUCUUCCAGACACAACCGCGUCAGUUACGCUAGCAACAUGUCGGAGGAGAAGGAGAAUGGAGAGCACCACUACCCCCGGUCAAAGGCACUCAGCCCUGAACUCAGGUACACCGGCAGCGCUUCUUCUGGUCGUGGCAGCCCUGCGAGGGGCUACCGCAGCUCCAUGGCCACACCAAUCGACGAUGCACCACCGCCGUCCUACUCUUCAGGCGGUGGCGGCCACAGUUCAAACAACAAUGGCGUAGAGAGCUGGAAGCGCGCCGCUGAAGUCACCAGCCAGCUCAAGGCCAGGAUCGAGCAAAUGAAGGCGAAACAAGGAUUUGCCCGCCCUUAA